AUGUGUCUUCUGUCGCGAGAAAAAGGUACGACCGUCGGCAUAUCGGUUAUGCCCACGAAUCGUCGCAUCGCACAGCUGGAGCGAGAGAAUGCAUUGCUUCGCCGGAGGUGUAGCGAACUGGGCCGUGGGAGCUCUGAGGCGGACUGUCUUGCACAGACGGGGGAGACAGACUUCACUUCAUCCAGCCCAGCUCAGUCCCAAAGGCUAGGCAGCGGGACAGGCGACCAGCUUCGUUCACCAGUCGUUUCGCAUGCGGGAUCGAGUGCGGAAACAGUGGCCCCGGAAGAGCCCGAUAGCCAAAAGAAUGCGUUACUCUACCAUGGCCCAACGAGUGCGGUCUAUGAUGAUACCGCUAGCCUGGACGAGAACGACAGCGCAAUAACCGGCCUUAAUAACGACGAAUGGACUCGGUGUUUCCUGUUUUCUGAAACUGCUAAACAGAGACAACUGGAACCACUUAAUCUUGCCGCAGGUCGGCUUGACUUCGACGGGGUAGACCCGGAGAUUGGGAUGGAGCUGCUCUCCAUCUACUGGAGUCGUCAGCUUUAUACUGCCCAAAUCAUAUACCGGCCCGUCUUCAUGCGCGAUAUGGCGUGUGGUGGACCAUACUUCUCCAAACUGCUCCUCAAUGCUGUUUUCUUCGCUGUCUCCAAACAUUGCACAUGCCCAGAAAUCCGGUCAAACCCAGAUGAUAUCACCACGUCGGGCUAUCGAUUCCGUCAACGGUUCAGUGAGCUGCUUCGAGACUGUUUCGACAAGAGCGAGGUCACGACUAUCCAAGCAUUGCUAAUUAUGUCCAAUGCGCUGUUCUCACGGUGUGACGAGCGAAGUCUAUCGUGGUUAUAUGCAGGUAAUGCGUUCAACAUGAUCAUCGACCUUGGACUGCAUGUGCUCCCGUCGCCGGGAAGUUUACCAGCAGAGGAGCAUGAGCUUCGCAGACGCAUUCUCUGGGGAGCAUACUUGAUUGACAAGUACCAAUGUCUCCUCCAAGGGAGACCGCCGCUUCUUCGUCGGCUCAACUUCAAGGCGUCUCUUGCCUUCCUAGACGAAUACGACGAGCUCGAAUUAUUCCAAGAUACCACGUAUACAAUAAAACAAAAUCGGCCAAGCGUCCAAUCGUACAACGUGUCGCUGCUAACAAAACUAUGCGAACUGUCACUGAUCAUCGAGCGAAUACUAUGUGAAGUUUACUCCGAGCCGCGAGUGAUGGGCCGCACCGAUGGUCCCAGCACCCUUGACGAUAUAAAAUCCAGUCUAGGGACAUGGCGCCAGACGCUUCCACCCCAUAUUGACUACUUGAUGUCACCGGGAUCAGCGGUGAUCCUGCCACAGUCUCUCUGUCUUCUGGCACUGUAUAAUGUGCUGAUAAUUCUUUCUCAGCGGCCUUCGAUCAACGAUGGCCAUGGCAAUGAUGGAACCCCAUCAACUGCACAUGAGUCAGUCAAUGCGUGUACAGCUGCCGCAAAUCAGAUUGUACAAAUCUUGCGUGACUAUUCCCAACACUUUUCCAUUACCAGUGCACCAUACCUGCUGUCCUAUGCUGCAUACAUCAGCGCUACUAUCCACGCGCGGGUUGUGGCUCAAAAGGGACCGACUUCGAGUGCCUUCCAGUUCCUCCUUCUUUGCCGGAAUGUCUUGCAAGGGAAUGAGCGUCUCUACGCUGCAGCAAGAAAGGCCGGAAGGAAUCUUGACAAACUAAUCGAUCGUCUGGGAAUCACCAUUCCAAAAACCGACAUAGCAAUGGGAAGCCCUGUUGACAACUUUUACGCCGUGGAGCUUUCUGUUCCCAACAACCCUUCUCAUGUUCCUGAGGUUCCUUAUCCGGGAGAUGAGCCAUGUUAUGCACCACCGAAUUGGGAACUGUCCGAUUUGGAUCUCGAGGCGAUUGCCCAGGGAUUCCAGCUCGAUGGAGAUUUCAGCUAUCUUAUGUACCCAUUGGGAGAUUCUUGA